AAAUAUUCAUGAUUUUUAUAAUCUUACUCAAAUUUAGAGCUGGUCGACAUAAACCAUUCAUUUCGUUAAUUGAAGUAAACACAACCAGCAAGUCCAGCAAUAUGCCAAAGGAUAAGAAUCGUAUUCAAAAUUACUUCAACUUGAUCAAAAUCCCAUCUCUAUCUCCUUAAUAUUAGCAUUCAUAUCCCAAUUAGCCAUCAAUCUUGACUUGACCUCAAGGCCCUACCACAAGCAGCCAUCAAUGGUAAUUGGUAACCAUUAAAUCCCUUUCUGGUGGCGGUGGGUUGCCAUCGCCCUUUGCAUCAACCAAGCCAUCCACCACAGGUUUUCAAGUGCCCUAAAGAGGCAAAAACCACUACCUCACAAAGCUACCGUGUUGACUAGAGAACCCACUAAAAGGGCAAAGCUUUUGAAAACCCAAUUGCCUUAUAAAACCCUCCAACCUCUCCACAACCCUUAAACCCCAGAAAACCUCAACCUGACCUUCCCACCUUAUCCCAAAUCUUCACAAUGAAGUCCCUCAUUCUCUUCCUCUCCUUGCUCACCCUCCAAUGCCUUCGGGCCACGUCUCGUGUCUGCCACGUGGAUGAUUUGGCAGGACUCCUCGCGUUUAAAUCGGGCAUCACCGACGAUCCCUCGGGGUUGCUCGACUCGUGGAACGGAACCGAUUGCUGCUCGUGGUUCGGCGUGACCUGCCUGUCCAACGAUCGGGUCACUUCCCUGUGGCUCACUGGCCAGCCCGAGAGGCCGGACGGGUACCUGUCAGGCACCAUCUCGCCGUCGCUCGCGAAGCUGAGGGACCUCGACGGGCUCUACCUGAUGAACCUGAGGAACAUCACGGGUAAGUUUCCGGUCUGGUUGUACGGGCUGCCCAGUCUCCUGUUCGUCUACUUGGGGAACAACCGGCUCUCGGGUCCGCUGCCCGUCGACAUAGGCAAGUUGGGGACCCAACUGGACGUGUUGAGCCUGGCAGGGAACCGGUUCACCGGGUCGAUUCCUGCAUCUUUAUCCCAAUUGACCGGUCUGACUCAGUUGAACCUCGCCGGGAACUUGAUCACCGGGAAAUUUCCAAUCGGAAUUGGCAGCCUCAGAAACUUGACCCAGUUACAGCUUCACAACAACCAGCUCUCCCAGCCCAUCCCUGAGAUCUUCUCGUCUAUCCAUCAGCUCAGGUUUCUCAACCUUUCCCACAACAAAUUUUCCGGGAAAAUCCCCAAUUCGAUCUCAUCCCUUUCCUCGACCUUAGCUUUCCUCGAGCUCGGCCACAAUUCCCUCGCCGGCCAAAUCCCCAGCUUCCUCGGUAAUUUCCAGACUCUCGAUACUCUGGAUCUUUCCCACAACAAUUUCACCGGACCCGUCCCGAAAACUUUCUCGAAUCUCACAAAGAUCUUCAAUUUAGAUCUUUCCCACAAUUCCCUUUCCGAUCCAUUUCCUGUAAUGAACGUGAAAGGAAUCGAAUCGCUAGAUCUAUCGAACAACAAUUUCCAUCUGGGCAAAAUCCCCAAUUGGGUCACUCUGUCUCCGAUCAUCUACUCCCUGAAGCUGGCGAAGUGCGGGAUCAAGAUCAACCUGACGAAUUGGAAGCCGAAGGAGACGUAUUUCUACGACUUCAUCGACUUGUCGGAGAAUCAGAUCUCUGGCAGCCCAAUUCCGUUGCUGAACCGGACGGAGUAUCUGGUGGGGUUUCGCGCCGCCGGCAACAGAUUGAGCUUCGAUUUGGGGAAGCUGAAAUUUGCCGGGACGGUGAAGGAUUUGGAUCUGUCGAGGAAUUUGGUUUUUGGGGGAGUGCCCAAUUCGGUUGCCGGGCUGGAGAAGUUGGAUUUGAGCCGGAACAGUUUGUGUGGGAAGCUGCCGCCGACCAAGUUCCCGGCGAGCGCGUUUGUUGGGAAUAAGUGUCUCUGUGGAUCGCCUUUGCCUGCUUGUAAAUAGUGCUACUUAGUUGAGUUCAUCAAAAUAAUUAGAUGCUUUACUAAUUAAGCAUCUUUAAUUUUCAUCACCAUUAUUAUUGUUGAAAUGGUUGAGUUACCAAUAUAAUGUACACAAGCACUUUAGUCUUUAGGAGCUUGUUAUUAGAACCUUUGGACAAUGGAAUAAGUAUUCGGUUUACGACAAAAUUCAUGAAAAAUCAUUAUCCAUAACAUGCUUAUUGAGUAACCUGAUUGAUUUAUAACCCAAUCCACCUACAAUCUAAUGCAUCCAUGAUUCAGUUGACGUCAACAUUCUAUCAACCAACAACUUAUAAUGUAUUGUUUUUUUUUUACAAGAAAAAAAAUGUAAUGUUGUUGAGGUUGACUUCAAUAUUCUAUCAACAAAUGGCCGCUGUGUUUAUGACCAUGUUCUCAACUUGGCAAGUGGUGAAACCAUUGCAAUGAAUGCAUCUGAUGGGAUUCAAUCCCAAUUUCCGACCCUUUACAUCAUCAAGGUAUCCACCGUAUAUUUGCAUGUGGAAGAAGCCCAAAACCCACCAGCCACAACCAACUAGCCCUCAAGCCCUAAGUUGACUCAAGACCCUGGAUAAAUCAAUGCCUUAAAA